UUGAGUAGUAAAUUGUAUUGAUCUACAGUCCCAAUGGUGUCGUGCAUGGGAUCUCUCUGGGUCACCUUGUCCUUCAUUUUGUCCCUCAUCUUAGCAUUCAGCUUAAUGUCCUCUGCAUGGUUUAAACAUGACAAAACAACCUUUGGCGUGUUUGUUCAGUGUGCUGGGGAAAUCAGCUCUCCGUGUAACCAAACUUGCAUCACUUUCCGAACCUUAGAGGAAAUUCCAGAUAUGUCUUGGAAGAUUUCGGCUGUGAUACUAUUUAUUGGUUGGCUACUGUUAAGCUUUGGAGCUGUACUUGUUCUGUCAUGGACUGUUAUUCCAGCUGGUCUAUGUCAGAGAAGGCUCUGCACUCCAGCAAGACAUACACAGAUCAUUGCAGUGGCUGUUACAAUUAUUGGGCUACUCCUGUUUCCUGUCAGUCUUCGUUCCACAUUUGCAAAACAGAUCUGCAACUCUUCCCUGUCCUACAGAAGCGGCAGCUGCUCACUUGGCUGGGGCUACAUGAUGGCCAUAAUUACAGUGAUGCUCGCUUGCUUUCUUCCCAUCAUUGGCCGUUACAAUAUAAAUGAAAUGAAGACAAAAGUACUGAGGUCCAGAUUAACACAGCGUAUGCUGGUUUGUGAAGAACAUAUGUACUAACUUUAUCACUGCUAAAAGUGUUCAUGCUGGAUAUUUCGGUUCUAUUGCUAUAAGAGGGUAGAAGAACUAUGUGUGGCAGGUGUGAAGAUGUAAUUGGACUGUAGUCAAUCAAGCAUGAUAUAUAUUGGCAUGCAGUCGAAUCCAAAAUGAUGUCUUAUCCUUUUGAUUUGGCACUGUUAUUCUUCAGUCUUCCUCACUGAUCUCUGCAUAUCAUUAUUGGUCAAGUGUAGGCGAUGCUCCAUCCAUGGUGACAUUAUGUGCCAAUAACCAUGUUAAUACCGUAUAGACUGCAGUGACAUUUUGUGUACAACACUUUCAGUAGAUGCAAUGGCAUUAGGGCCAAGGCACAACACUUGACCGAGAAGUGGUCAAAAAAAAUGGUAGUACCAAGUUUGCAUUUUUCUCAUUUUUGUCUUAUAAAUUCAAGGGUUUUUAGAAAAUAUCAGAGACAAUCCUUUCAAACUGAGUUUCAGAGGAGCUUUAAAUAAUUAUGACUAUUAAUGCACAUCCCAUAUACAGCAGGAGCCAUAGCAUAUAUUUCCAAGGAGUACAUGCGGUUAUAUUGUACACAUCUGGGUAUCAAUAUAAAAAUUGCAGAUGCAGUUUGAUCAAAGUGGUUGUCCACCAUUUGUAAAAUCCUGAGGGGAACAAGUUCCAUCCAUUAAACUUCUGCAGGUCUGAUUCCUGGGACUUUGGUUCUCAUCGGACCAGAAGUGAAGACUACACAUCCAUCAUUCAUGUGACCCCUCAACUCAGCCAAUCCUUGGCCUCAGCAGUCACUUGUGCUUGAAUGACACAUGACCGCUGGGGCCAGUGAUUCAUGUGAAAGAUGGAUGUGACAUCAUCAUUUCCAAUCUGAUGGGGACUGAAAGCCGGUGAAACCACAGCACUGGAACAAAUGAACCUUUAGCUGCUGAGUUAAGCAUUUUUCUUUAUUUUGUUUUAUAAGCCUACUCCCCUGAAUAUUUUAAAAACUGCCAGACAAUCCCAUACAAUAUUAAUAAUUCGCCACUAUCAAUGUAACCAGCUUACAGAGACAUGAAUAUCAACUCAACUACUAUAACACAUGAGACCAAACGUUUGUUUGCUUUUAAUGAAAGGCCCAUAACCUUAUGGAUAU